GAAGCGGGGGUGGCAGGGCUAGAAACAGCAGCUGAGGCAGCAGUCACUGCCUUUGCUGUCACCCGGCUGUAGUGCAUCACUCUGAGCCCACUGGCCGUGGGUGCCUCCUCGGUUCCCGGGGGACUCCGGGAGCCCUGAGGGGCGAAGCGACGGGGACGCCUCUCUUAAGAGAAGAGGCGACGUCGCAGCCCCGGAUGCGGGCAGAGGGCGCGGGAAUGGAGCUUGGCGGCUGCGAGGAGGGCUUGCCGGAGGAGAGCAGGAAGGAGCACUGGCAGUUGCUGGGUAAUUUGAAGACUACUGUGGAGGGUUUAGUAUCAGCUAACAGCCCCAAUGUCUGGUCCAAGUAUGGUGGCCUGGAGCGGCUUUGCAGGGACAUGCAGAGCAUCCUCUACCAUGGGCUCAUCCAUGACCAGGUGUAUUGCCGCCAGACUGAUUACUGGCAAUUUGUGAAAGACAUCCGCUGGCUCAGUCCCCACUCAGCCCUUCAUGUAGAGAAGUUCAUCAACUUGCAGGAGAACGUCCAGAGCAGCACUGAUGGCAUGAGUGAGCGUGCCGUUGCGGAGCUGUGGCUGCAGCAUAGCUUGCAGUGCCACUGUCUCUCAGCCCAGCUCCGACCUCUGCUGGGGGAUAGACAGUAUAUCAGAAAAUUCUACACAGAUACUGCUUUCCUGCUAAGCGACUCCCAUGUCACGGCCAUGCUCCAAUGCCUAGAAGCAGUGGAACAGAACAACCCUCGUCUCCUGGCUCAGAUUGAUGCAUCUAUGUUUGCCAGAAAGCAUGAGAGCCCGCUGCUGGUGACAAAGAGCCAGAGCCUGACAGCUCUGCCUGGUUCCACAUACACCCCUUCAACCAGUUAUGCUCAGCAUUCCUACUUUGGGUCCUUCUCUAGCCUCCACCAGUCCAUACCCCACCAUGGCUCAGAAAGAAGAUCUACUUCCUUUUCACUCUGUGGCCCAUGCCAGAAACCUCAAGAAAGCAGAGGACAUGUCUCGCCAGCAGAGUAUCAAACCGUCCAAGCCCCCCUGCUUCCAAUCUCUGCAUUAGCUGGGGACUCCCGCUCAACCCCAAAUGAGAUGAGCUCCAGCACUCUGACCAGCCCCUUAGAAGCACCCUGGGUCAGCAGCCAGAAUGAUUCCCCAAGUGAUGCCAGUGAGGGGCCUGAGUACUUGGCCAUUGGCAACCAGGACCCCCGAGGCCGGACCGCCAGCUGUCAGAGUCACAGCAGCAAUGCUGAGAGCAACAGCUCCAAUUUGUUCUCCUCCAGCAGCUCCCAGAAGCCAGAUUCUGCUGCUUCGUCUCUAGGGGACCAAGAGGGAGGUGGGAAGAGCCAGUUGUCCAAUGUCCUUCGCAGGUCUAGCUUCUCAGAGGGGCAAACACUCACUGUCACUGGUGGAACAAAGAGGAGCCAUACUCGCUCCCAUUCGGAUACCAACAUUGCCUCCAGAGGAGCCCCAGGAGGCCCCAGGAGUAUCACCAUUAUAGUUGAAGAUCCCAUUGCAGAAUCCUGCAGUGAUAAGUCGAAGUUGAGAGGUCCCUUGUCCUACUCUGGUCACAGCAGUGAAGUCAGCACACCCAGCUCUCUGUACAUGGAGUAUGAGGGCAGUCAGUACCUGUGCUCAGGAGAAGGCAUGUUCCGAAGACCAUCAGAGGGACAGUCCCUCAUCAGCUACCUGUCUGAGCAAGACUUUGGCAGCUGUGCAGACCUGGAAAAGGAAAAUGCCCACUUCAGCAUCUCAGAAUCCUUGAUUGCUGCCAUUGAGCUGAUGAAGUGCAACAUGAUGAGCCAGUGCCUAGAAGAGGAGGAAGGGGAGGAGGACAGUGACAGGGAGAUCCAGGAACUGAAGCAGAAGAUCCGCCUUCGUCGCCAGCAGAUCCGCACCAAGAAUCUGCUCCCUGUGUACCAGGAGACUGAGUAUGGAAGCUUUCGGGUCACUUCCAGCAGCUCCCAGUUCAGUUCACGUGAUUCAGCACAGUUCUCUGACUCUGGCUCUGCUGAUGAGGUUGAUGAAUUUGAAAUCCAAGAUGGUAGUGAAGGAUCUAACCUGACUCACAUGUCAAAGAAUGGACUCUCAGUGUCAGUGGCCUCGCUGUUUUCAGAUGCUGACAUCAGAAGGAGCACACUCUCAAACAACAAAUCAUUUGUUUCCUCCCAGCCCUUCUCUCACUGCUUCCUACACUCUACAUCUGCUGAGGCAGUGGCCAUGGGGCUCCUGAAGCAGUUUGAGGGAAUGCAGCUCCCAGCCGCCUCAGAGCUAGAGUGGCUCGUUCCAGAGCACGAUGCCCCUCAGAAGCUCCUGCCCAUCCCUGACUCACUGCCUAUCUCACCAGAUGACGGGCAGCAUGCUGACAUCUACAAGCUACGUAUUCGUGUUCGAGGCAACCUGGAGUGGGCCCCACCCCGGCCUCAGAUAAUUUUUAAUGUUCAUCCAGCCCCAACGAGGAAAAUCGCUGUGGCCAAGCAGAAUUACCGCUGUGCAGGAUGUGGCAUCCGGAGUGACCCUGAUUACAUCAAGCGGCUGCGGUACUGCGAGUACUUGGGCAAGUACUUCUGUCAGUGCUGCCACGAGAAUGCCCAGAUGGUUAUCCCCAGCCGAGUUCUGCGCAAGUGGGACUUCAGCAAGUACUACGUCAGCAAUUUCUCCAAGGACCUGCUCAUUAAGAUCUGGAACGAUCCUCUCUUCAAUGUGCAGGACAUCAACAGUGCCCUCUAUAGGAAGGUCAAGCUGCUCAAUCAAGUCCGGCUGCUGCGGGUCCAGCUGUGUCACAUGAAGAACAUGUUCAAGACAUGCCGACUGGCCAAAGAGCUUCUGGACUCCUUUGACACAGUUCCAGGCCACCUGACAGAGGAUCUCCACCUGUACUCGCUGAAUGACCUGACUGCAGCCAGGAAGGGAGAGCUGGGGCCCCAACUCGCUGACCUCACCAGGGCGGGGGCUGCCCAUGUAGAGCGAUGCAUGCUCUGCCAAGCCAAGGGCUUCAUCUGUGAGUUCUGUCAGAAUGAGGAUGACAUCAUCUUUCCCUUUGAGCUCCAUAAGUGCCGGACCUGUGAAGAGUGUAAAGCGUGUUACCAUAAAGCUUGUUUCAAGUCUGGAAGCUGUCCCCGCUGUGAGCGGCUGCAGGCCCGGCGGGAGUUGCUGGCCAAGCAGAGCCUGGAGUCCUACAUGUCAGACUCUGAGGAGGAACCCACCGAGGCCGUGGCCCUGGAGGCCACCGUCCUGGAGACCACCUGAAGAAAGCACGUAAAGCACUCUUUCUAGGGGCUAGGGUCACACAUAGUGCAGAACUGAGCCACCUUUUUAAGGACUUUCCACUUGUUUUUUUUUUUUUUAAUUAUUAUCAUCAUUAUUAAUUUUUAUGACCUGUCUAAUGUCCAUGUACAGUCAACCUUAUUUAGGUUGGUGGGGUCCAGUCUGUUGUGACAAUUUAUAGGUACCAAGUAUUUCCAUCAGAACUGACACAUGGGUCCCUAAGUGAAGCUUCUAGUGCCUCUGUCAGGGGAACGGACAGGGAGACCCAGUUCUUCUGACAUCCAUGGCCUUCUCCACUUGGACCAGAUCUGGUUUCAGCUGCAUCUCAAGUAUCAUUUCCAGUUUUAUUUUGUUGUAAUUCUGGAGCUUCUGAGCCAGGCCUUUCUCAGCGAACUCACUUCUCCUUUGCUGCUGAAACAGGAGGAUGGAGUUUUCUCUCUCCCAGUCCUGGAAUAGGGUCAGACUGUGCCCUGAGGAGAAGCAGCAGAGAAUGGGACUACAUAAUGGGUAUUCUUAUUUAGGUGUUUUUGAGGCCAUAAAAACAGCAUUAUUGCUACCUUAGAACUUUCAGAGACCUCAAGGAGGCAGUCAUGACUUCCUUGUUCGAAAUAUUCUAGGCAUAGAUGAUGUCACAGGCUGACUUUCUUUAUCUUCCCUGGGGGACUUGACACAAAGAACAGAACUGAUACUUACACCAGGCCCAUUUCUAGCAUAAGUGAUGGUACAACUCUGUUGUUUAUGGAGCAUUUAUUGAGUCAGAGGGGCUGUUGGCCUCCUCUUAGGUGAUCAGGUCCCUUUUAGUCAACAUAGCUCUGGUGCAGAUUUGAUCUUUCAAGCUCAGGCAAGUCCCUGACGCCAUACUAAACUGAGGACAGAAACCCCAUCCACCAUUUUAUCAGUGGGUCUCUUGCCACUGUGUCCUCUGUUAGGUGGUCAGUGUGGUUCUGAGUAGAAGCCUGGCCCAACUCCAUGCCCUC